AACAUUUAUAGUCAUGAGGGAAACACAAACUGUGUGUGAGUUAGAAGACCUGAGAAACAGGAUCGAGAAGGAAGACAUGUGUUCGGAAUGUCUCAGGAACGUGCUGCCAAUAAGAAACUGCAGAUUGAAUGGUGUGGUGCCAUAUCAGAAUGGGAUCUCCACCUGUAUGCCAGGCGCACAUCCAGGCACAUUGGAGAUUACCAAAGUACUGGUCACAGGGGCCGCAGGUUAUUUAGGACACAACCUUGGAUGUACUCUGAUAAAGUUGGGGUACUCUGUUGUUUUUUUUGACAUACACAAGCCGGACUGGGAAGUGCCAAGUCGUGCUACAUUCAUACAGGGUGACAUACGGGAUUAUGACUCGCUGUACAGCGCUUGUGAAGGAGUUGACUGUAUUUUUCAUGUUGCUUCCUUUGGAAUGUCAGGAUACCAGCAACUACAGAAGAAACUGAUUGAAUCUAUAAACGUAGGAGGAACACAGGUUGUUGUUGAUGUUUGUAUACAGAGAAACAUCCCCAGGCUAAUAUACACCAGUACAGUAAAUGUGGUAUUUGGUGGCAACUGCAUUGAGGACGGUGACGAGGAAACAAUUCCUUAUUACCCACUGGAAAAGCAGGUGGAUUUUUAUUCCAAGACAAAGACAAUUGCUGAUCAAAUGAUCCUGGCAGCCAAUGGAACUCCACUAAAGGGAGGCAAUAAACUUCUCACUUGUGUUUUGCGACCGCCAGGAAUUUAUGGACCAGAUGAGAGAAGACAUUUGCCAAGACUGGUUGCAAGUGCUGAGAAACGUUUAUUAUGCUUUAAGUUUUGGAAUGACCGGACCAAGAUGAACUGGAUUCACUUACAAAAUCUGAUAGAAGCUCAUGUACUUGCUGCUGAAGCGCUGACCGCCAGUAAAGGAUAUAUAGCUAGUGGAAAGGCCUAUUAUAUCCAUGACGGGGAAGAUGUCAAGUUUCACGAGUGGUUCCAGCCAAUGUUUAAAAAACUGGGUUUCCCGGAUCCUUGGAUAACUCUACCCAUUUCUCUGGUCUAUGCUGCAGCUCUCAUAUUGGAAUAUGUGCAUAUCAUCUUAAGUCCUUUUAUAGACUUAAACCCUGUGCUGACCAGACAUGAGGUAAUGAAAAUUGCGGUGGUGCACACCUUCCGGAUAGACAAGGCUCGGAAAGAGCUUGGCUACAACCCAAAGAAGUUCUACUUUGCUGACUGUGUGGACUUUUUCAUCAAAAGCCGACCCAAUCCAUCAAAAGAAAGAUGGAACAUUACAAAAAUAUUGCUUGUCCUGCUCUGUUUAUUUAUUUGUCUGUGCCUACUCUUGCUUCUAUAGAGCCUACAAAAUCCUGUACCUCUACAUGAAGUACGCAUUAAAGUGGGAUUGUGGAGAAAA